CAGCCCCGCCCCCGUGGACCCGCCAAUCGCUGUGCGUUGGUGGCGGGAGUGGGCGGGGCCUAAGAAAUUCGAACGAAGCUCCACCCCUCAGGAGCCUAUUCCCGGGAACUAGGAGAUUGUAGAAGAAAAGCUUCCUGCGUAAACCGUGAGGCGACGUGGGAAGUGGAAACGGAGUGUCGCUGGAGGUCUAAGCUGACUCGCUUAUGCUGGCUGGGCAUGGAGGAUUUGAAAGAGGAUAUCAAGUUCAUCGUGGAUGAGACCUUGGACUUUGGAGGGCUGUCCCCAUCUGACAGUCACGAGGAAGAAGACAUCACAGUAUUAGUGAGUCCAGAGAAACCACUCCGACGCGGCCUCUCCCAUCGGAGUAACCCAAACGCAGUAGCUCCCGCCCUCCAGGGUGUGAGGUUCAGCUUAGGCCCGCUCAGCCCAGAGAAGCUGGAGGAGAUCCUUGAUGAAGCCAACCGCCUGGCAGCUCAGCUAGAGGAGUGUGCCCUGAAGGACAGCGAGAAUGCUGCUGCAGGCCCUGGGAGGCCCAGCCCCAGGGGGAAGCCCAGCCCUCGGCGGGAGACAUUUGUCCUAAAGGACAGCCCUGUCCGAGAUCUGCUGCCCACUGUGAGUUCUUGGAGCGCCCCACCUCCAAGCAACCUAACUGGGCUCCGGAGCAGUGAUAAAAAGGGGUCGGCCAGAGCUGGUCGGGUGACAGCUGGGAAGAAGCCCUCCAGCAUAAAGAAGGAAUCACCCACUUGCAAUCUGUUCUCUGCAUCCAAAAACCCAGGGCGUUCUCCUCUUGCACAACCAACUCUUCCUCCUCGGCGGAAAACUGGGUCUGGCGCACGGACAGUAGCAAGCCCACCAAUCCCUGUCAGACCAGCUCCACAGCCCUCAGCUAGCAACUCCCAGUGCUCUUCCUGGCUGCAGGGGGCAGCUGCCAAGUCUUCAAGUCGACUACCGGUUCCCUCAGCCAUCCCCAAGCCUGCCACCCGAAUGCCACUCACUGGGCGGAGUAUACCGGCUGGCAAAGGUGCCCUAGCUCCUGAUCCUCUCCCAACUCAGAAAGGGCAUCCAAGCUCCGUAGGGCACAGAGCUCCUGUUUCCCAGCGAACAAAUCUUCCAACCUUUGGUGCCGCUCGAGGCAGGACCUCCAGUGCCGCUCGAGGCAGGGUGCAGCCCCUCAGGAAAGCUGCAGUCCCUGCACCCACGAGGUAAGAAGAUCAGGGCAGCAAACAAAGACUGAAUAACAAGCCACUACAUCUUAGCCAUCAAAGGCUGGACUCUCCUGCCAGUGGUCCCUAACUCCAGUGAUUCGUGCCCAGAGAUGGGAGGAAGAGGUGCCUCCAAGGCUGAUCUCUUAGGUAGAGACUAUGGAAGUGGGGUGGGUGGAACUUGAGAAGACUCAAAUCCCCCACACACACACCCGACCCUGCCUGAAGGAAGAAGGGAGAGGCAGAGGUCACACACACACCCACUCCCCACCCCUGUGAAGAAAUUCACAAACAAAAUGAUGAAUGCAGGCAGAGUGACCUAUCUGCCUCCUUCCAUCUUGUGGUCAGGCCCAGAGAGCGUGACCUUCUGCCCAGACACUGGCCGUUUCCAUAGAAGCGGCCUUAGGAACCGGCUGGUCUCCCUGGGCUCUAGGAUAGGACAGGUCUUCCUGACUGGACUCCUUCACUGGAUUCUGGCUUGUUUGGAAAGGCCAGAGGGCAGCUGGUGUGCAGAACUUGUUUCCUAUGAAUCCUGUGACCUCUCACAGGCCAAUCAGUUAUAAGCUCACAUCUUCAUAUUUUUUCUUAAAUAAAAUGAAUUAAAUUUUUUUUCUUUAUACCUAAAA